GGAUGGCCGGCGGGCUUGGCCGGGCUGGCGGGGCCGGGUGCGGGGCGGUGCUUUCCUGCCCUCCCGCCGGCUGCGCCCGCGCCCCCUUCCAGCCGUUGGGAGGAGGGCGCGUCGGCCGGGGAGUCGGGGGCCGCCGCGGCGUGGACUUGGGGGCACCUGGGGCGCCAGCGAGGCCGAGGAGGGCGUCCGAGGGGUUCUGGGGUGGGUGCUGGGACCCCGGGCGAGCGGCCGGCGGAAGUUGGGUCUCCUUUGAGGUAGAAGGGCCGCAGGACUAGGGACGCGCGGGAACGCUGGGCCGGCGGCCACUGGGCCGGGUCCUGUGUAUUUCUCGUGUUCGUGCUUCCAUCUGCGGGGGCUGAACGGGGAUGGGAAGGCCCACCCUCAGCGGAGGUUUCGUUUUGUGGCAGGCCUCCUUUUCCAUUGCGGAUGUUGAAACUUGGCUGCAUUCUAAGCGCUGUAGGAGUCUGAAAGCCUCUCCCUCAGAGGCAGGUGAUAAUUGAGAAAGAAAGUGUGCCCAAAUUCUUUCUUUGAAACACCUUUUAAAUAACACUUCGCCCCUUCCGAGUUUUUAAAUAUUUGUUUACUUACCGUCUUUAUUCUUUAAUUCCUAUCUUCUCUACUUCUUUAUGCGUUUGGGGCCUUUUCUGAGCUCCUUAUGCAAUCCACUAUCCAUUUGCUGGGAAAUUUCUUACGAAAAUAUUAUUAACAAACCACAAUUUUUAGACAACCACUACUUUUGAAAAACCAAGGGCACAGGAUGGCAACGGUAUUUGGAGACGCUUCUUUCUGAUGGGUGACAUGGCAUCACUGAUGAAAUAUUUCUGUUGCCUUUGCUCAUAUUUCAAAACUCCGUUGAGUAUACCUAAAUAUUACCAGCCAAUCAGAUUUCGCCUUUCUUUACAUUUCUUGGUGACGUGAUACACAGGCUUCUGAUGACUGUAAUUGAUGAGAAUCUGAAGUAUAAGUGCUAUGAAUUUUUUUAAACUUAAAUUCUUGUAUAUUAAUGUUUUGCAAGCCAUAUAUUUAUGGGCCCUUAUUGUUUAAUGAUUAAAAUAGGUGAAUUUCGAUUGCCUUUGUAGCCAAAUUGUUUAUAGAUAUUCCUAUUAUAAAAAACAAGAAAGUGAAAAUAUCCCAGUUCAUUUUUUUUUUAUAAAAACAAGAAAGUGAAAAUAUCCCAGUUACAUUUGGCACCUUUUAUCAGGAGUUUCGUUGGAAGUAAUUAGAUUUAACAUAGACCCUGACUUUUGUUUUAAUGUGAUGGCAUAAGAAAAAGAAAGAAACUAGUCUGAUAAAAACUUAAUAUGUAGGUAUUCAGAGACGUUUGGAAGAAGCAGCUCUUACAGCAUCUCUGUAGUUUCUUUGGAAAAGUUACCGGUGCGGUAUGAUUGUAGAGUGCUUUAGGAUCCAAGAAAAGAUUUGCCAUACAUAUGAGUGUUUGUUUUUUCAGUGCAGAAUUUCACUACAGUGAUUAAACUGCCAAGGUUAGGUGCAUUUCUUUGUUUUGCCACUAAAAAUAGUUUGUUGACUCUGUUUUGGGAUUUUACAGCUCAAGAGAGCUGAUAUUUUUUUUUUACUCUCAUGGGCUCUUUGUAGAGUGAUAUAAAUGUUUUUUGUUAUUGUGAUCCUUUUCAGACUCUCCACUCACAAAAUUAUAAAUGCAGCGUGCUGCUGCAGAGUUUUUUAAAGUCUAGUGAAUGUUAAAUAUGUCUUCAUUAACAUUUCCAUAGCAGGUAGUGCUGAAAAUGUUAUUUUGGUCCAUUGGUCUAUAGAUUACUUAAUCAUAGUGUUCAAGACUUGUCUUCUCCAAAGACCCAGCCCCACCCCAAACUGAUUAUUUUUCAUCAUCUGCACUUAAAAAUUACUAUAAAUUACUUGUUACAUUCGUUUUUAGCUUUUAUAUGGUGUAAGCUUUAUCCUACGAACAUUCGUGUACAAAUUUUUACGCGAACAUGUGUUUUCAUUUCUCUUGGGUAUAUACCUGAGUGGAGUUGUUGGGUCAGAUGAUAACUCUCUGUUUAAUUUCUUGAGAAACUGCCAGACUGUUUUCCAAAGUGGUUGCAUCAUUUUACAUUCCCAUCAGGAGUGUAUGAAGGUUCUGUAUUCUCUACAUUCUUGCCAACACUAACUAUGAUCUGUCUUUUUGAUUAUAGCUGUGUUAGUGGGAGUGAAGUGGUAACUCGUGGUUUUAUUGCGUUUCCCUGAUGGCUAAUGAUGUUAAGCAUCUUUGCAUGUGCUUAUUGGCCAUUUUUAUAUCUUCUUUGAAGAACUGUCUUUUCAGAUGCUUUGCUCAUUUUUAAAUUGGGUUGUCUUUGUACUACUGAGUUGUAAUAGUUCUUUAUAUAUUCUAAGUACAAAUCCUUUUUUCUUUUUUUUUUGAAGUGUUUUUUUGUUUUUCCUGAGGAAGAUACCCCCUGAGCUAACAUCUGUGCCAAUCUUUCUCUAUUUUGUAUGUGGAUCGCCACCACAGCAUGGCCGCUGACGAGUGGUCUAGGUCCACGCCUGAGAACCGAACCUGGGCUGCCGAAGCAGAGCAUGCCGAACUUAACCACUAGGCUACGGGGCCAGCCCCCCCUUCUUAAUUUGCUAACUCCCCAAUUAUUCAAUAUUUAGAUGAAUAAGCUGGGGAAAGUAUUACCACUAUAGAAUGAAUGCCACAAUGGAAUCUCAUGUACUUAUCACUUAUCUUCAUCAUUUGCCAGCUCAUGGCCCCCGCCUCCUAGAUUAUUUUGCAGCAAAUCCAGACAUAAUAUCAUUUCAUCUAUAAAUUAUAAGUGUACUUUUACAAGACGGAUUUACUCUUUGUAGCUAUCUUAUGUUGGAACAAAACCUGCUCUAAUUGACUUUGCUUUAGAAGGUGUUUAGAUUAUUAGGAUAGAGGAGUCAGUAAUUAAAUUUUGUUUUUGUUUGUUACACAGGAGUCCAGGUCUUACGUAAAAUGGAUGUUUCUCACACUAAAUACUGAAUGUUAAGUAGAAAAUCUAUUUAGUAAAAUCUAAGCUGCCAUGGAAGAAAUACCAGUAAAAGUUGCUGUAAGAAUUAGACCUCUGCUGUACAAAGAAGUUCUGCAUAAUCAUCAAGCUUGUGUGAGAGUUAUUCCAAACACUCAGCAGAUUAUCAUUGGGAGAGAUAGAGUCUUUACUUUUGAUUUUGUUUUUGGCAAAAAUUCCACUCAAGAUGAAGUUUAUAAUAUGUGUAUAAAGCCACUGGUGUUGUCACUCAUUGAGGGCUAUAAUGCAACCGUUUUUGCCUAUGGACAAACUGGAUCUGGGAAGACGUACACCAUUGGAGGAGGCCAUGUUGCUUCAGUUGUGGAGGGUCAAAAGGGUAUCAUUCCUCGAGCUAUCCAAGAAAUAUUUCAAAAUAUCUCUGAAAAUCCUAGCAUUGACUUUAAUAUAAAAGUGUCUUAUAUAGAAGUAUACAAGGAAGACCUAAGAGAUCUUCUAGAACUGGAGACAUCUGUAAAGGAUCUUCACAUCCGAGAAGAUGAAAAAGGAAACACAGUGAUUGUUGGGGCCAAGGAGUGCCAGGUGGAGAGUGCAGAUGAAGUGAUGAGUCUCCUGGAGAUGGGGAAUGCAGCCAGGCAUACAGGUACCACCCAAGUGAAUGAGCACUCCAGUAGAUCACAUGCAAUUUUUACUAUCAGCAUUUAUCAAGUGGAGAAAAAUGUAGAGGCGGCUGAAGAUGGAUCGUGCUAUUCCCAUCGGCGUAUUGUCUCAAAGUUCCACUUUGUGGAUUUGGCUGGAUCAGAAAGAGUAACCAAAACGGGGAAUACUGGUGAACGGUUCAAAGAAUCCAUUCAAAUCAACAGUGGGCUGCUGGCUUUAGGAAACGUAAUAAGCGCUCUUGGGGACCCACGCAGGAAGAGUUCACAUAUUCCAUAUAGGGAUGCCAAAAUUACCCGGCUUCUGAAAGAUUCUCUGGGAGGCAGUGCCAAGACUGUCAUGAUCACUUGUGUCAGCCCAUCCUCCUUGGAUUUUGAUGAGUCCUUAAAUUCUCUCAAAUAUGCCAACAGAGCACGCAACAUUAGAAACAAACCCACCUUAAACUUCAGCCCUGAGUCAGACCGUAUGGACGAAAUGGAAUUUGAGAUUAAGUUGCUUCGAGAAGCUUUGCAAAGCCAGCAGGCUAGUAUCAGCCAAACCAGCCAGAUCCAUCGAGAGGAGACUCCUGAUAAAAAUAGGAUCCAUUCUCUUGAGGAGCAAGUAGCUCAGCUACAAGGAGAAUGUCUGGGUUACCAAAAUUGUAUAGAGGAAGCCUUUACGUUCCUGGUGGACUUAAAAGAUGCUGUGAGACUAAACCAAAAGCAGCAACACAAACUACAGGAGUGGUUUAACAUGACUCAGGAUGUCAGGAAGGCGAUUCUCACCUCCUUCAGAGGAAACCAAGGCAGUGGAAACCUGGGAGAGGAACCACAGCAUAUUACAGUUCUCCAGCUGAAACGAGAGCUUAAGAAAUGCCAGUGUGCUCUCGCUGCUGAUGAAGUAGUAUUUAAUCAGAAGGAGCUGGAGGUGAAGGAACUAAAGAAUCAGGUGCAAACGAUGGUACAGGAAAACAAAAGACAUGUUGUAUCUUUGAAAGAAGCACAAAAAGUGAACAUAUUGCAGAAUGAAAAAAUAAUAGAACAACAACUUCUUGUGGAUCAACUGAGUGAAGAACUAACAAAACUUAACCUAUCAAUGACUUCUUCAGCUAAGGAAACUUGUGGAGAUGGGCCAGAUGCCAGGAUACCUGAAGAGAGACCAUAUACUGCACCAUUUGAUACUCGUUUGGGGCAUUAUAUUUAUAUCCCAGCAAGAUCAAAUUCAAGGAAGGUCUACACAAGUCCUUCUGUGUACUCUCUGGAUCGAGUAGUUGCCGGAUUUCGAACACGAAGUCAGAUGCUGCUCGGUCACAUAGAAGAACAAGAUGAAGUACUCCACUGCCAAUUUUCUGAUAACAGUGAUGAUGAAGAAUCAGAAGUCCAAGAGAAAUCUGAAAUUAGAUGUAGAAGUCACUCAUGGAUUCAAAAGCCAUUCAAAAAGCCAGACUCUGUUUGUUCUCUUGUUGAAUUGAAUGAUAUUCAGGAUCAAACACAAAAGUCAAGUUUGGGGAAUGAAGAUUUAAAGAUUGACUGUCUCCAGGAAAGUCAAGAGUUGAAUUUGCAAAAAUUAAGGAAUUCAGAACUCAUACUUACUGAAGCUAAACAAAAAAUGAGAGAACUUACAAUUAACAUCAAGAUGAAGGAAGAUCUGAUUAAAGAAUUAAUAAAAACAGGUAACGAUGCCAAGUCUGUAAGCAAACAGUAUUCUCUGAAAGUAACAAAACUUGAGCACGAAGCAGAACAGGCGAAAGUGGAAUUAACUGAAACACAAAAGCAGCUACAGGAACUGGAAAACAAAGAUCUUUCUGAUGCUGCUUUGAAGGUAAAAUUACAGAAGGAGUUCCGUAAAAAGAUGGAUGCUGCAAAGCUAAGAGUCCAGGUCUUACAGAAGAAGCAACAAAAUAGUAAGAAAUUGGCAUCACUGUCCAUCCAAAAUGAGAAACGUGCUAAUGAACUAGAGCAGAAUAUAGAUCACAUGAAAUUUCAAAAGGUACAGCUGCAAAAAAGACUUCGAGAAGAAAACGAAAAAAAGAAGCAACUGGAUGCAGAAAUUAAGCGGGAUCAACAAAAAAUCAAAGAACUAAAAUUAAAAACAGAACAGGAAGAAGGUCUAAAACUGAAAGCUGAGGAUCUAGAUGCAUUGAAGAUGAAAAGGAAAAAAGGUUCGUUUGGAAAUACAGACCAACUCCAGAAAUUGGAUGAGCAAAAGAAAUGGUUAGAUGAAGAAGUAGAGAAAGUUCUGAACCAACGCCAAGAAUUAGAAGAGCUGGAAGAAGACUUAAAGAAACGGGAGGCUAUAAUUUCUAAGAAGGAGGCCCUGUUACAGGAGAAGAACCACCUGGAAAAUAAGAAGUUGAGAUCUAGUCAGGCCUUAAACACGGAUAGUUUGAAAAUAUCAACUUGCCUGAACUUGCUGGACCAAGAGUUGUCUGAAAAGAACGCGCAGCUCCAGAGCAGCCCAGCUGAGGAGAAAAUAAAGAUUUCAGAACAAGUUCAAGUCCUCCAGAAAGAAAAGGAUCAGCUACAGAGACGAAGAAACAGUGUGGAUGAGAAACUUAAAAAUGGUAGCGUGUUAUCACCUGAAGAAGAACAUGUUCUUUUCCAACUUGAAGAAGGAAUUGAAGCUUUGGAAGCUGCAAUUGAAUAUAAGAAUGAAAGUAUCCAGAGUCGCCAGAACUUGCUCAGAGCUUCAUUACAAAACCUUUCUCAUAGUGAAGCAGAUGUCUUGGAAAAACUAAUUUGCCUGAGUCCUACUGAGAUUAGAGCUAUUCUUUUCAGAUAUUUCAAUAAGGUGGUUAAUUUGCGAGAAGCUGAACGGAAACUACAGUUACAGAAUGAAGAAAUUAAAAUGAAGGUUCUGGAACGAGAUAAUAUAGUCCGUGAGUUGGAAUCUGCACUGGAACAUCUGAAAUUGCAGUGUGACCGGAGACUGACGCUCCAGCAAAAGGAACAUGAGCAAAAAGUGCAGUUGCUGUUACAUCAUUUCAGAGAUCAUGAUGCUGGAGAUGGAGUCCUGAACCCAGAAGAAGCAGGUGUGGUUUCAGAAGAAUUAAAAUUGGCCUCAAGAACUGAAAGUAUGAAAUUAAGUGGAAGGGAAAGAGAAUUAGACAGUUCAGCAAGCAGCUUAAGAACACAACCAAAUCCUCAGAAGCUCUGGGAAGAUGGACCAGAAUUACCUCCAAUUUACAGCUCUUUAGCACCCACUAGUGGAUAUUUGUUAAGCACUGAGGAUAAAACAGAAAUAGAUGAAAAUCAGUUUACAAAAUCUCAUAAUCGACCAUCGCCCCAAAUUCAGCCAGUGGGAAAUGUGGGACAGCUUCAUGGUGUCACACCUGUAAAGUUGUGUCGCAAAGAAUUACGUCAGAUUUCUGCCUUGGAACUAUCAUUACGACGUUCCGGUCUUGGAGUUGGGGUUGGAUCUAUGACUGCUGAUUCCAUCGAAGUAGCUAGGAAACCGAGUGACUUAAAAAUUUAGGCAUUUAAUAAUAGAACUUUUAAUUUAGUAGAUGUGUAAGAUUCCUUUUUCUAACCUGUUAAAGUUAAAGCUUAAGCUCACUAGCUCUUCCCUCAGGAUAAAGGAAGAAGGGAAGGAAGGAAUCCCUAAUCCUUUGUACACUAUAGAUGUAUAUAUCUUCUGUAGUACAUUUGAGGAGUUUUAAUGAGCAUUUACCUAAUAACCAGACACACUUUCCAAUACUAUCAAGUAAUGGAACAUUUAAAUAUUUCCACUUAUAAAUUUGCUUAAAAUGUUUUCCAGGUGUAUUUGAAGAACAAAACUAAGAGUAGAAUAACAAACUAAAAUAUCCACCAAAUGCAUAUUAUUAUAUAAUAUAAAAGUAUAUUAUAAAGUAUAUUAUAUUAUAAAAGUAUGUUAUAAUACAAUAAUAUAAUAUGCUUGUAUUAUUGUUAUUCUCAAAUACAGUUAUGUUUUUGUUAUUUUAAAAAGAUCCAAUUAAAUAUUGCUUGUAUCAGAGAGAGAGGCACCUGCUGCAUAUGUUUUGGAACAGCUGAAAAUUUAUGCCAAAAUACAGUCUGUGGGCUAAGGCAACUGCCUGGGUUUAUGGAUUAAAGUUAAUUUAUGGUCCUCAGAG